UUUCGAAAUUGCUGAAACGGCAAAGUUUAGUAACUACUGUUGAGAGUUGCGCUUCAUGUAUAUUUCGUUUAAUGAGUGUUGUUACUCCUCAAUUACCGUGAAAUGUGAGAAACUUGUUGGUACUUACUAUAAGUAAGUUUAAAGUUGCCUCUGUAAGCCCAACGAAUACGACCAAAAUAGUGCACUGUGCACGGGGGGAAGAAGAAUCAUUUGGUGAUAAUUCAAAUCGUAUUAUAUCUGUUUGUCCGCGUGGCACAGCAUCUUCAUUUUCAUAAUGGAUCGGCAGACUUGAAGCGCUGCAAGUUAAUCCGUAACAACUCCAGCAAUCAACUACUAUAUUGUACUGUACAGAAAGCAACUGUUUUUCGCGGUUCUUGGUAUUAAUUUUAAACUUGAAAGUUCAUUUUGUAGGUCGUUAAACAUGUUCUUUAUUAACCUCUCCAACCAUGGAAGCCAACAAAGUGAACUCAGAAAUGGGGACAAACACGCAAACCAAGCAAAAGAAACAGCAACUGAAUGAACGUUAUGACUCUAAAAGGGCGCAAGGGGUUAUGUCAAAGCAAAAGCAAUUACUUGGAGACGAUUUUGAAAUGUAUACUACUAUGGUCACCGAUUUUUUGAUUGGACAGGCAAACAGAAAUGAACUGAACAAAUAUCUUAAGAAAUUCCUAAAAAACCCCAAAUUUGUAAAACUACACAACACUCUCAUACUCGAAAUUCUUAAAAGCCUGCGGAAUCGGACCGAAAAAAUAAAGACAGACGUUGUUUGGGUUAAAAGAAAGAAAUCUGACGCGUUCCUGCUAACCCAUAAUCGUUUUGUCGCUUUCGAUAACAAACAAGCUCUUACGUUGAAGAAAAUAAUCCUUUCUUUUAAUGCUAAGGACAGAGCACGGAUAAAGGCUGCAAUUGAAGACAACCGUAAUAUUACUCCGCUCCCUUCUAUUCCUUCAGAGUCAUGGGUUGCCAAACUACCAAAGAUUCCGGUUUCUCAGGAUAAAUUAAAUUCAGUAUUUGUAAACGAUAUAAAAGCCGGGUACGUUGCACCUCUGUCAUCGGAAACCCUCGAACUUCCGGACCAGGAUGUUUUAAAAACAAGGAUAACUGCAAUUGCCCUUGAAAACGGGCUGCUUGGAGGUAUUCAAAAAGAUGUGCCCGCAAUCAUCCUCGCAGGGCUUGAAAGUCAUCUCAAAAACUUGUUUGCAAAAUGUCUGUCGAUUGUAAAUAAGAACUUGCGGCAAACAUCAGAAGACGAAGCACCACGCAUUGGAAUUCAUGACAUAAACCUGGCUUGGCAAGUUGAACCACACGCACUUAUUGAACCAUUUAUGCACCCACGCCGCUUGCAGUGCCUAGUCAACAAACGGAAUGCCACCGACGAAGCAAAAAUCAUUGAGGAGGUACCGGUGCAUUCCCCUAGCUCGUCUCAAAGUGAACGUUGGCAAGUCGCAAAGGUUCUUGACGAAGUGCUGUCAGUAAAAAUGCCGUAGUCUUAAUACGUUAACACUUUACACGAAUCUACCAAAUAUGUGUAUGCGAAUGAUUUCAUUAGCAGUCUAGAUGUGAACAAAAAAGUCUGUCUAAUUCUGUUUUAUACGCAAGUCUGUAUUGACAUCAAUGCCUGCGUAGGGAGUUAGCUCCCGACGAACACUUGGAUCUUCAGAGGGACGCGUAUUUGUGGUGCGUAUCUCAAGUUCACCAAUUUCAGUCUCAACGACCUCUUCCAUAGGAACUUGUUUUUCGGAGAAUGUGCUCUUGGUGUUCUUUUCACUGUGAUGUUCAUCCGAAAUGUGCAUUUCCAGAGCGGCGUUUUCGAAAAACUUACGGUCCUCAGGAUCCUCCCAGAACCGGCGAUCACCCUUCAACAAACGUUGAACCCAAGGAGGCAAAAUACCACCCUCCACUCUCCAAGUCCAUGGUUCUUUCUGGUCAGCGUCAGCAGGUGUGAGCUUUCCGAAAGAGACCUUUCCGACAACCCAAGUCAGAGUAUUCAGAACGAUGUACGUAACGAUACCGCAAAUAAGUCCGUAGGCAAUGGAAUACGUAAAAGGCAUCAAAGCAAUCGUAAGAAAAGCGGGGAUAGAAUCACCCAUAUAACCCCAGUUGACAAGGGCAGCACUCUUCAUCAUCAUACUGCCGACAAUAACAAGAGUGGAACCCGUGGCCCAGACGGGGAUAGAAGCAAAGAUGGGCGAGAAGAAAAUGGAAAUGAAAAAGCAGGCACCUACAGUGAUACCGGUCAGACCAGUACGACCGCCCUCGGAAAUACCGGAACCAGAUUCAAUAAAGGCGGUAACGGGAGAGCAUCCAAAAAGCGAACCAACGGAAAUACUUAAGGCAUCGGUCAUAUACGCCAAGGCAGAUCCUUCAAAAUCUUGAGUACGAUCAUCAACGAGACCCGCAUAGCGAGCCAUGGCAUACAAAGUACCGGUCAUAUCCAUAAUGUCGACGUACAAGAAGGUGAUUAAGGCGAUGCCAAACUGUCCACCCGACACAUGCCAAUCUUGUGCCGCAAGAAUGUCCUUAAUUUUUCUGAAGCUAACAACCUGCUUGAAAUACUCGAAGUUAGAAUCGCCUGUUGCUGUAUGCGGGAACAUUGUUACGCUCGUGUUCCUUGGCCAACUGAUAAUCGUCACCAAACCAAUACCACAAAGAACGGCACCCUUGAAAUGAUACAUCAUCAAAACAGCGGUCAGAACACCACCAGCAAAGAUACCAAGCCACAUGGUAGGUGAUUCCAACGUAUGACCAUUACAUGAAUAAUCACUGGUCAGGUACUCAGAAGGACAUCCUCCAAGACCAAUAAUGUCUGAAUCAGAAUGUGCAAGAACACCAAGACCAGCGCUAGGCGAAAGACCAAUAAUGGUUAAGUAGAGACCAAUGCCUGCACCAGUAGCGAAUUUGAGUGACGCAGGAAUCGCUCGCGCAAGCCAUUGACGCAGACCAAGAAUAGUAAGACCAAAGAAGAUGAAACCCUCAACAAACACAGCCAACAAGGCUUCGCGGUAAGAAACACGACCAGUACCAUUGGUACCGACAACCUGAUACGCAAAAUACGCGUUCAGACCCAUACCGGGAGCCAUACCAACUGGCAGAUUCGCAAACAAACCCAUACAGACAGAAGCGAUACAGGAAACGACAGCUGUCGCAGUGACAAUGUCACGGUGGAUGCUGCUCCGACAGAGCUCAUAGGCAGCAUCAUUUUUACACGUAGGGUCCUCGGCGUUUGUACAGACACACGUACCACCCGUAGAACUCAAAAUGGACGCGUUCACAGCCAGAAUGUAGGCCAUUGCACAGAACGUAGUUAAUCCAGCACGGAUUUCAACAGAGAAGCGCGAGCCCUUACGCUCACGAGGGUGGCCGCAACCUUCCAAACGAAACCAUCGUCCGACGGGGGAGCGAGCGACACGCAGAUCAAGCUCUUCAAAAAAAUUCGAAAACCGAGAAGCCAUAUUUACAACAAAGCAACGAAAAGAAACCAGAAAGCCACGGAUCACAACCAAAUGUGAUUUUAUAACAAGAAAACUCUUUGUUUCAAUGGUAAUCCAGUUACCACAAAAUACAAUUAACACGCGUUCGAGUAAGCAACGAGACGCGUUACAAACCGUUUACCAAUAAUACCAAAAAAAACCCAAAUAAAAAAGAAAUUAGAAAAGAAGCCAGAACAGCAGAAAACUAAGGCAAUUUCACAGAGGAGUGCCCAAGCUAUUCAAGUUGACGCUGCCGCUAAUUAGAUGUCGUGGCCGAAAGAAGCCAAGAAAGCGCCCAGGCAGCAGAUUUGCGUCCAAGGAGUAAACUAUUACAGAACUGUACAAUGAGCGGCUUCUUCGGCAACCACUAUAUACACAAGUACUGGCAGUGUUCAAGCACAACGAUAAUGGGAGACGACAAGAACAAUAGCUUGGGGUGGCGAUUGCCACGCAUAUUAUACUUUUGGUCACAUUCAGUGGACAAAAGAUAUGAAUAGCAUUUCUUCUCCGAACCAAUCAAGCGCUGGCUCGGAUUAUCAGUAAGCGAAACAUUGACCAAUCACAGGUUUUCGCUUAAAAAGUAACGCUUUCUCAUGAACAUAAGGGGGAAUUAUCGACGAUAUGGUACCAGCCAAUCGAUAACAAGACAUCAAGAUAAACAAUGCUGAUAAC